AGCCGAGUGCUUAACGAGCAGGUUGGGUGCCGCAGUCGAAGGUGCUAGUACGCAUGCGCAAUCGCUUCUCGCGAGGGGAUCAUGCAGUGAAAUGGUUGUCACCGUUGACGACGCACACGAGGGCGCGAGCCCUCUGUUCACGUCGUAAGGCGACGUGUCCCCGACGCGUAAUGUAGGUUUGCGAGUCAGGGAGAAACAAGAAACGGGCCGACAACAUGCGGGAAUUAAGAAUGGUCGAUAGCCGAGAUCAGAGCUCCGUGGCGAAGGCGGAGGCCGCCGAUUGGAUCUCGAAGGGCAUGGAGGCCCUGCGCCAGACCAACCAGCACGGGAAGACGAGCCAGAGCAGCGGGCCGGUGCACGCGCAGCAGGGCCAGGGGCUGGCGGCGCUGCUCGUCAUGAUCGCCGUGCUGUGCUUCAUCGUGGCGUACUGCUGCUGGGGCGCGCCGUGCUGCCGCGCCUUCUGCCGGCGCCGCUGCUGCUGCUGCCACAUGGCGCGCGACCUCGAGUCGGCGUCGCCGUCCGACGUGGGGCUGAGCGUGGAGCCCGGCGUGGGCGCCACGCCCACCAUCAUCCUGCUGCCGUACGGCCGCAUGCUGGUGGUGGACGGGUCCGUGUUCGCCCAGCUGCAGGCGGACACGAGCGGCCUCGACCUCAUCGAGCUGGGCGAGAACGUGGUGCGUGCCCAGCAGCAGCAGAUCCGCGCCUCGUCCACGCCCUCCAUCCUGGACGUGGACUCGGAGACGACGAGCAAGGGCUUGGACUCGCCCGUGUCGGCGGGCAUGCCGCCCCCCACAUACGAGUCCAUCUUCGGCUCGGCCGAGAUCCACGACCUGCCGCCCUCCUACGACGAGAUCCUGCGCCAGCUGCACCUCCACCGCGACGACGACGACGAGUACGGGCCCGGGGAGAUUCGCGAGAGCCGCGUCUAGGCGGCCGCCGCCGCCGCCGCCGCAGCCGCCACUCACGUCACGUGCCAUGCGAGCAGAGGGUUUUUAUUACGUUAUUACAAAAUGGUGCUGCACUUGUAAAUAUGCUCAAAGAUAUACUAGACUCAAUAGAAGCUUGACGCUACACCCUUGGGCAGAAUCCAAGGCAAACUGAAGUGAAAUUUGAUAUUUGCACAACGUGUACACAUUGAGUGUGUAAUUGGUGGUGACUGUCGAUGUACUGAAGAUGGUUUUGUUUCUUCUCUAUUCCUAAGAGAUGGUGCUCAUCCAUAGGAGAUGCUAAUUUCUUCUUCACAAUGGUGUCUCUCCAAUUACACAGAAUUUGUCUGUUAGAGUUGCUUUGAACUAGUCUCUCUUGACAACGAAUUUAAUGCCAUCCUUUUCUUAAGACGGAAUAUUUAGUUUACUUCUAGCUGUUAUUUUCUUAUAGAGAUGCUGCCUCUUCUGUACCACUAAAAUUAGUUAUUUUUAUGCUACUUUGUGAACAUGAUUUUUUGUAUGAAAUGACAAUACUGAAUUCUAAAGUUAGUAUUAGUAAGGAAGGAAAUACAUAUGUUUAUGCAUCUAAAAAAUAUUAUUGAUUGAUGAAAAAAAGUUGUUAUGAAUUGAAAAAUAAUUUUAUUUUUCAAUAGACCUGUGCUUCAAAUUUAUGAAAAUAAUAGUUAAAACUUUCUAUUUACUAGCUAUAAAUUACCAAUUUUUAACACAAACUUGUAGUUUUCAUACAUAGUACUUUUGCAAUUCAAUCUUUACCUUUCCAAGAACUUUGAGUGCAGGGAUACAUUGUUUGUUGUAGGUUGAUCAAAUUGCUAUAAUAUUAAAUCUUGAGCAUGAUAUUAAACAACAGGUACUUGAAUAUGUUUGUUUUAUUUGUUGAAUUUUAUAAUAUGCAAGUCAACAAUAUUUUUUUUAUAAAUGUAUCCAAUUUCUUUAAUUCUUUUUAUAAACAAUACUAAACCUUCAAUACGUUGCUAAUACUCUAUGGUGCUUAAAAUGGUAUUAUAUUUGAGGCCUAAUAAAGUUGCCGAGUUAUCAAACGUUACUGCUAAUGCACAUUUCUGUAUUUCAUGCUAAUGGGAUUUUAAUUUUCGUAAAAACUUGAGGACAUGAAUAUGAUUAUCUUGAAAUUGUUUGCAAUUUUUUUCUCGAAUUUGGUCACCAGGUUAUCUAGAAUUUAUGCACAACAGAUGUUUUUUCAAAGAAAUAUAUUUUAAACAUAUUGCUUUUGCAUAAUUUAUUACAAACACUCAUUUAGUGCAUGGCAGUUGAAAUGAAUGAAAAAAGUGAAGGUUGCAGUUGUUAUUUCUGACCAAAAAUAUUAUUAACGGUAAAUGUUCCAUAUAACAUAAGUUCCUGUGAUUGUAUUUUGCCACAAGUGCCUUUAAAGUUAUAGAAAUGAAUGCAAAAUAAAUCUAAUUACAACAAAGUAAAAUACACUGACAAAACUCUUCAAUAAUAUAUUAAGAAAAGUAUGUAAGUAAUAUACAUAAAUGUUUACCAAUAUUUUCUUUCAAAUAGAAUGUCUCAGUCAUUGAUAUGUAUUUGCUUUCAUUUUUUAUUUACAACUAUUAAUAGAAUAUCUCUUAAAAAUCCAUAUUAUUAACAUCUUUAGUUUCAAAAAUAUUAUUUUUGGUCAAUGCAUCAUGACUUUAAUCUCCUGAGCCUUGACUGAUAUCUAAAGCUUAUAUUUCUCUUCUCUUGAUCUAUAUAAUUUCAUGAUCGUAUAUCAACAUUCGUAAUAUUCCUCACCUGUAUUCAUCAUAUAUCUGUAUAUUAUUCAUCAUAUCUGUAACUUGAAGGUAUGAUCUGGCUGUAUACAAAACCAGAAGCUUUGAGACAUUAUAUGGAGCAGAUACAAUUGCAGCAUUUUUGGAGAUGCAGCUAAUGAAAACAGUCCUGAAAUUUCUAUUAAUUAACCUUUUGUUAACUGAUGCAAAUUACACCACAUUAUGUAGUUGUAGUUGCGGAUGAAUGUAUAUUCCAAUUUAUGUUCAAUAUAGAUUAUUCAAAGUUUAUAUCUUAUUUGUUGUUUUAAAUAUUAAUACUUUAGGCCUACAUUAAUGUUUGACCCUCCAUUAACUUGGAUAAUUUAUUUUAUCUGUCAUUUGUACAAUAUUUUAACACUCAUCACCCUGCAGGACUUAAUCUUCAAUUAUUGUAUUGAAUUCAUUCUUCUCAAGCUUAUGAAAUACAAGAAAAUCUAUUUUAAAGAACUGCUUUGAUAAUUUUUUAUGAGAUGGGACUGGGAAGUUAAUUUUAAACCAAAAAUAAGCAUAAAUGGCUUGUAGGUCUAUUAUUCAAUAACUCUUUAAAAAUAAAAACUUUUAUUUGCAAUUUUUAUAGUUUUUUACAAAAGAGUAAAUAAGUUUGCAUAGUACUUGGUUUUGUUAAUGUCUUUCAAAAAAUUUUCAAAUUUAUUUUUACUCUGAAAAAGAAAUUGAAGAACAAUUUGAAAUUAUUUCCAAUAUGUAUUAACAAAGAUUAAACAUUUUUUAUUUUGAAGUAUUAUUGUAAGAAAUGGAUUUUCUAGUUCCAUCUAAUAAAAGUCAUGAAAAUCCAAAAGUCAUUCUUUUUCGGCACUUACACGAAGCACAGAGAAAAGCAAAUAUCUCAAAAACUAAAAAUGUAAUUUGAUGCAUUAAUAACAAGAAGUUUCUGAAAUAUCAUAGAGGAAAAAACAUUUUUGUCCCAUUUUCAGGCAGUUUUAUGUAGACAAGCAAGUUAAGUGAGAUUUUGGAAAUAAAAUUCAAUGUUGUAUUUUUGCAAGUUGAAUAUAGUAUUCAUAAUGUUCUUCUUUUAAUUAGAAACACCAAACCAAAAGAUACUGGAAUGCAGAUCUAUGAAAGAAAGUUCUUUUUACCUUAGUUGGAUAAAGGAGCUGUUUCUACCUUAAAGGUUCUCAAAAUGCAAACAAUUGCGUUACCUGUGUUUUAUUAUUUGUAAUUUUAAUCUCAGUUACUAUUAUUGAAGUUUAUAUCUUAUUAUAGUUUUUAAAUUUAAAUGUACAUGAAUGUUUAAAUUAUGAAAUGUUAUUGAAAAUAUUCGUCAGUUAUAUUCAUUGGCUUAUCCAGAGAAAAUAAUUGGAUAUAUUUUUUUCUUUCUAAAUUUGGAUAUACAUUUUUUUUGUCUCCAUCUUCAAUUCUCUACAAUUAAGUUGCAGUUGUAACAAAAUCUCAUUACUAUAUGCAAUUUAUUUAUACAAGUUCCGUGUGAAAACCUUAAACAUUUUUUUUUCACAGUCAUAUGAAUGAAAUGUUGAUGUUUAAUAUUUUAUGUUAACAAAAAUAUUCAUGUAUCAUAUGUCAUAACCUUUCUCUUCAAACUGCCAAAGAGAUAACUAAGAGUACUAAAGGUUAACCAAUUGCUCUAAGUAUAAUGAAUUUCCAAAAAUAAAAUGAAUGAAAUGUGGAUGUAAUGGUUUUUUAGUUACCUCUAGUUACUAAAUGAUUCUGCAGAUAAUUCUUAACAUGUGAGUAAACAAGUAGGACAUUUUGUAAUAAGUGCUAGAUAUUAAAAUGACUCUUACUGCUUUUCAAAUAUUUUUAUAACAUUUAUAAAUUUUCAGAGAAAUGUGAGCAGUUACUGUGAGUUUUUUUUCCCUCCAGUCUUUCAUUGCUACUUUAAAUGUAAUGUGCAAUAUUAUAAUUAUGGUCCUUUGGUGUUUUCUGAGCUGUAAAUAAGUCCUUGAAAACUACAUUACAUGGUAGAAAUUUUAUACAGCAAUUGUACUUAACUGAUAUCUAUUUCAUCUGAAGGUUUUUCAUUUGUGACAAACAGAUUGGUUUUGUGUCUUCUUUAAAAUAUAUAAUUUUACAAAGCAUUUUCAAAAUAUUUUGACUCCUGCCUUGUUACAAAACAUUUUUUGGUAUUGUGUAAUUUCCAUUAAAAUUUAUGAAAAAUAUCUAAAAUACUUUUAAAUAAUUUAUGUUAUUGAGUUUUGCACUCUCACAUAAUAAUGAAUUACAAGAGCUGAAUAUCUAAAUGUAAAUGAAAGAGUAAUUAUUGAGAAAUAUUAAUGACUUUCUUCUCUUCUUUCUGUCGUAUCAUUACAGAAGCACAUAAGUUCACCAUUAUAUAUUUUAAUUGAGUCUUCUUUUCAAAACAAAAGUGUUAAACUUAUUUACUUGUUGGGGUAUUAAUCAUUGAUCUUUUUAUUUUAGAUAACAUUCAAAAUAAUUAAAUUCUUUUGUAGUGCAAUUCAGUGGCAAAAAAUACAGAGAAAAUAAUUAUUUCUUGGUAAAUAUCUUGGAACUCCUCCCUCUUCCCCUAAAGUUCUGCCUAUGUUUUCUGUUAUUUCAAAUUUACUGAAUCUGAAAAGUUUGUAAUUCACAUCUUUGUCAGCCCUCAUAAUACUCAAAGAUACAUUUUUCUACAUUGUAAAAGACCUUGAAGCUUCAAAAUUAAGAUAUAAGGCAAUUUGUUGACCCUUUUAAGUUUUCACUACUUAGUAAUACAGAAGGGAUGGUACUGUAUUUGUAUUAAUUCUUUUAAUGUACAGAAAAUAUUAUUGUGGAAAUUUGAUAGUUUGUACUGACUUUCUGUCUCCGUUUACAUAUUUAAGGAAAGCAGUGAGAAAUCUUAAAAGUACCAAUGACGUGGAUCUAAGGUCAUUAGACUCAUGAAAUCUGACAUUUUUGUGACCGAUUUUCUAACAAAAUAAUUCUGAAAUAAAAAUCAAACAAGAGCACUUGUAUUAUUGUUGUUAAUUGUUAUUGUUAAAUUAUUGAUUUUUUCAAUUUACUGAUGUCAAAACUUUCUCAAAUAUAAAAAUGAAAUUGAUUUUGAAAUUAUAUUAUUUAACACAUUGAUAUUUUUGGGAAAACACAUAAUAUUCUGACAUUAAAUUUCAAUAAACUUAUGUGUACUUGCAGGGGGGGGUGGGAGGAAAUGGAGAUUUCAAUAGUUUUGGAAAUCAGGUCUUGCAAGAAUUCUUAUGUAGAGGUGCAUUUCAGCCAACUUCAUCUUAAAGCCAGUCUGAACUCAUCAGUAUUUUUGAAUUCAUUCUAGUUAAAGAUUUUUAUUGCCACAUUUGUGUUAUGCCAAAAGUUGAAAGUAUAUUCACUUCAAGAAAUUGAUGCUACCUGAUGGCUUCAACAGCUCAAAGAAUAUUUUUACAAUACACACUCACUAUGAAUAGCAAUUUAAACCUCAUGUGUAUUACCAGAGAUAUAGUAAUAAUUGUUAUAAUAUUUGUACAUUUCAAAUAUUAUCCUUUUAGGUGUCAGUAAUAGGCAGUUUUUCAAGACAUAAAGUUUGCAUAUUAAUGUAUACCACAGAAAGAGACAAUAGAGAUAGAAAUAGAGCCUUUGUAAAUGUUACCUUAAAAUAUUGUUAAAAAAGAUAAUGAAUUUUAAAAUGUAAGUUGUAAGGUUUGAAAUUAUUUUCAUUAUGUGAUAUAUGUAUUACUCACAGUAUGUUUUCAAAUUAAUUUUUUUAUUUCAUUUAACACAUGUGUUCAAAAAACUCUUAAGAAUUAUGAGAGAAAAUAGACAUAUUUUGAAAUAAAUUAAGGAAGCACUCCUUUUGAUGUUGGUAAUGAAUUUGUGCAUAUUCAGUGAAAAGCUUUUUAUCUUCUUACUUUCAGGCCAGACUCAAGCUGGACAUUUUUCUGCAUCCUAUAAAUAACACUGCUUUGGCAACAUUUUAUAGGAAAAGUCAGCAUAAUUCGCAAUCUAAAAGAGUCAAAAUGGAUUAAAAAUAUAUUGUUUAUGAGAUCACUUUAAAAUAAGAUGUACAAUAAAGUUUCUAUCUAAUCCAUAAAAUUGAAUUUCAUGUGAAUGGUGCUCUUCUUCCAAAACACCAUAGAUCCUACAUACUACUCUUAAAAUAUACAACAUAAAACUCUAUUUAACUGUAAAAUACUAUGUUCCUCCAUGUACCAUUAACUUCAUUGUAUGCAAUAUUUUGACCACAUUUCCAAAAAAAUGCACUUUUAAUAAUUUACAUAUUUAAAUAAUUUUUAACUCAAGCUCAUUUUUUGCUAUUAUUUUCGUAAUUUUUUUUUGUGAAUUAAUUGCUUAUAAAGUAUCUGCAUUAAAGUUAUGAGAGAACUCGUAAGUUAGUUACGAGGUCGCAAGAUACAAAGAGACUCAUUAUUCAGUAUCCUUCAUAGAAUGAACACUAAAUCAAUGAAAAAGAUCCAAUUUUAAAGCAAGUGAUAGUUGAAUAUUUUAAUAUUGUAAUAUUUUUUAAAUAUUGGUUUCAUUUUUGGCUACAAAUACACGCUUUAGCAAAGAUAAAGCUAGCAGCUUAUUCUGUAAAGCUAAAGUAUGCAUUAAGAGAAGAUUGAGUAUCAAACUUAAUAACCCCUAAUAACCACUCGUGGGACACAUGAUGUACAUAUGUUGAAUAAGUAAUUUAAAAAGAUGGUUUGAAAGGUUUAACAUCAAACAGUGAUUACUAAUUGAAUAUUAGAUACUGAAGAUGAUCAUAAAGGAGAAAAUUUAAGAAGCAAUCAAAUCAAAUUUUGAAAAAGAAAAUUAGUUUUAAUGCAUCCAUUAACAAUAAAUACUGAAGCCAAUUAUUCAAUUAUUUCCUUCUGUACCAAUAAUACAAGUAACAUAAUAUAUAUCUAUUAAAAGUUUUCUCUUCACUUCUGUCUCGUAUUGUACUUCUUUCAAAUACAGUAAUAAAAUAUACCUACUUUCAGUUGUAUUGUGUAACUUUAAGCUAACGUAACUUCCUUACAUCCUCGUAUGAGAUAUGUAAUGAAAUAUUUUGUAAUUGUCAUACCUAUACAUGAAAAAAAAUUACAUCAUUAAAUAUUUUGAGGAAUUCUGAGGCAAGAUCUUUGUAAAGGUAUAUUAAUAUUAUUAAUAAACAUUGACG